AGUACGGGUUGUCCCCGUCGAGCACCCGUACUAAUGCGAUAACCUCGUGGUUUGCCGUAGAAAUUUCAAGGUAAUAUCAAAGACCUUCUGCUUGAAUGCUUCGCGUGGUUAAUACUAAUAAUUUAUUAUAACGUUGAAAGCAAUGAGCGGAAAGAAAUCGGAAGGAAAAUCGGGAGGGGUCACGGGAUGGAUAAGCUCGGCUUGCCGUUUCGCCGCAGACCGAAAUGAUUUUAGGAGGAAUCUCCUUGUGAACCUGGGCUUGUUUGCAGCGGGUGUUUGGGUCGCGAGAAACCUUUCAGAUUUUGACUUGAUGUCUCCUCAGCCGGUCACGUAGUUCCCACACAUUAACAACAGAAAGGACUCUUACAGGUGGUGCUAAAAUGGGAGAAGAGAGACGUUUUCUACAGCGGGUCUUGUUGAACAAGUCUAUUCGACAGCAAAGGGAAUAAAUCCCAACAAUUGGAUAAUUACAAAUUGUAAAUUUCUUCUGUACAUGCAUUGCGUUUUGUUGAAAUAAACCUCACGUUAAAGCGG